GCCAAUAACAUUUCCUUUUUGUAAACUAAACACUGACUAUUUCUUAAACCCGAACACUAGUACUAUUACUAUUUCUUAAACUAGUACUAUCACUAUUUCGUAAACUAACACUGACUAUUUCCUAAACCAAAUACUAGUACUACCACUAUUUCGUAAACUAAACACUAGCUAUUUCUUAAACUGAACACUAGUACACUAGUACUAUCACUAUUUCAUAAACUAAACACUAACUAUUUCUCAAACCGAAUACUAGUACUAUCACUAUUUCGUAAACUAAGCACUGACUAUUUAUUAAACUGAACACUAAUACUUUCACUAUUUUUUAUCUGAACACUAAUUAUUUUUUAACUGAAUACUAGUACUGUUUUAGGUUCGGACCAUUGCCAUAUUAUCAUCCAGUGUGAACGUCGAAUGACUGCUGGUCGAAAGUUAUUCUGCUUCGAAGCUUUUUGGGCGAUAGAGGAGGAAUGCAAAAGGUUGGUGUUGUUGGGACCAUCUUUGCGGUGGUGAUGCACUGGAUCGAUGGCAAAAACGGAUCAAUGAUUGUCGAUCUCAACUCAUUAUGCGGAGUAAAAGGAAAUUCAAAAUGAGGAAAUAGGAAAUUGUGGAGCUUAUGUCCCAGCUUGGGAGCUUCAAAAAAAUUAGGGAGCAUAUAUUGAUGAGAUUCAUGAGAAGACAAAUUGAUUGAUAUGUUACUGGUGCAGGAGGAGAGUUUUUGGCAACAAAGGUCAAGGGUUAAAUGGCUUCGUGAAGGAGAUGAUAACACCAGGCUUUUCCAUCAAUCCACCACGCAACGACGGGGGAGAAAUCAUGUGAUGAAACUUAAAAAAGAGGAUGGCAAUUGGGAGGAGCAAUCGAGUCGGGUGAGGAAGCUGAUCGAUAAAUAUUUUCUAAAUCUCUUCACCUCUGCAGGGAUAAGGGAGUGGGGACCAAUUUUAAAGUGUGUAACUCCGUCGGUUAUCGACAACAUAAACGAGUCCUUGAUGUCUUUAAGCUCGGAUAUGGAAAUUAAAGAUUAAAGAAGCAAUGAUGCAAAUGGGCGGUCUCCAGGCUCCGGGACCUGAUGGCUUCCAAGUGAUUUUUGGAGAUAAAGUGCUCUUAUAGUUGAGAGGGAUUCCGGCAUUGCUUUGCACCAUCUUCAGAUGUCAGAGUUUGGAAGUCCUAAUGAUGGGGGCUCCCCUAACACUAACUCUAGGUUUGAGCUUGCAACGUUGGAGUCUUCAGGACCUUUGUUGGAGUCUUGUACAAAAAAUUCAAGAUUGGGUGAUCCUCGCAAUUGCCAAGCCUUAGCCAAUAUUGGUUCUUCCUCCUUAAUGUCAAUGGGUGAGGGGGUUCUUUGUGACGUCAUACCCAUAUUUCACUUUGAGCUCACAGCAGACCAUUUAGUGCAAAACUUGUUAGAUAGCAAAAAGCAGCUUGAGGCCUUAAGGCAGUCAUGUAGUAUCCCCCGUAGUGUAGGAAUGCGUUUGGGGCAUCAUGAAGAAUUGUCCUCUGAACCACGCAAGGGUCAUGUUAUGUUCUAUACCCAUAUAUUAUUGACUUUAAGGGUGAAGUUGCCUUUGCACCCGUGGUUGCAACAGAUGCUAUCUUUCAUUGGAUAUGUGCUUGGGCAACUCUACCCUGGUUUUUGGGAUACCUUGAUCAGGUUUUAUAUUAUUUGGAUGGAAUGUGGGUUAGGUGAGCCUUCCUUUCAUCAAUGGUGCUACUGAUAUAAAAUGCACCCGGUGAAAGCAUGCACUGGGUAUGCCGAGUGUGCAUGUUGGAGUGAGAGAUAGUGUAUUGUCUUUGGUAAGAAAAAGGCGUACUGCACUUGGAAAAACCUUUGGUGCUUUCUUUAUAAUGAUUGGGAGUAUGUUAAAGGUGUCACGCCUGAGCGACGUGUUCCUACUCACUUCCAGACUGUAGUGACGCGAGGGACCAUCAAGCUGUCUGGACGGGAGCUAGCUGACAUAGAGAAGGUGUUAAGGGUGCCCAAAGAGGAUAGACAUUUGGGCAAGCUACGACCCUUAUUUCGAAAGUACGGUUUCCAGCCCUUAGUGUCAGAGUGCCAGAGACGAGCAAUUGAGAAAGUGGGAAAGAAAGGGGAGACUAACGCCAAGAAAGGGAAAGUACCCAUGUUAGUUCCCGUAGACGACAUUUUGUUUCACAAGGGAGCUCGUAAGCACCGAGUGAGGCCAACCCCUAAACUUAAGUCACAAGAGGAGGUCCUCAAGAUUGCUGCCUCAAAAAAGGCUGAAGCUGAGGCCAUCGGGUGUGCUGCUACCAUAGUUACAAGGGAUGAGAGACGACUGUUGCCUCCUCUUCCUACCAUCAAUCCCAUAUUUCUUCCAACCAUGGAGUCUACUGACCAAGAAGGUGGCCCUAGCUGUAGCCGUAAGAGAAAGUACAAGGAAAAGGUUGGCAGCAUUCAUUGGAAGGACUUGAAGGUUGCCAUGCAGCCAAGUAGUUUUAGGUAUGUCAAUAAUUGCCUGGCAAGACGUCGAUCCACUAUUGAUGAGCUUGGCAAGCCGUUAGAUGAAAAUGAAUCAGAUCGUGACCGGAUGAUGAGGUUAUCUUCUUAUGUCAUGACCGAGUACGAUGACAGAUUACGAGAAGUCGAGCGGUACAAGGCAAAGUUUAAAGAGAAUAAGCAGCUUGUGAAUGACGCCAGAAAAACAAGCAAAGCUUUGGCUGAUGCCAUCCACCUUAAGGAUGAAAACUUUGAGAGUUUGAAGAGGCGGAAUGGUGAGAACGUGAGGCUCAAGAAACAAUUGGAAGCGACUAAGGAACAGUUGGAGACAACCAUCCUUGAGGUUUCCAAGGUUAAAGGGGAGUUGGAUAGUACCUUGGUUGAGGUUUCUAGGCUGAAGAUGAGUAUCCCAACUGAGAGGGAUGCUGCUGUGCAGGAGUUCUUAGGUUCCCAGGCCUUUCACGAUGCUUUUAGACCUCACUACAUCCGAGCAGCUAAUUAUGAGAAAAGGAAAUGGAUGGCCGUCCUUGAGCAUUACAACAAUGGAAGCAUUAUCCGAAAGUACCGUGAUGAGAUGGAUGAGUACCGACAAAAGGGUGAAGCCUUCGUCCUCUCAGUUGAUCCUAAUAGUGAUGAUGACUCUAAUAAUGAGGCUAGUAUCAGUAAGCAGUCUCAGGAGAGUGAGGAUGGUCCUAGAGAUGCUGAGGAAGGUGGUGAUGACGAUGGGGUUGAAAUGCAGAGUGAUAUUGUCAGGGGUUCGGCCUCAGAUGAGGAUAACUCGUAGUGCCCUAUCUUUCUGCAUGUACUUUGGAUGUACGAAUUUGUUGUUUGUGUGGCAUGUGCCAUGUACUCUGGAUGUACUAGUUUGUUGUUUGUGUGGCUUGUGCCAUGUACUCUGGAUGUACUAGUUUGUUGUUUGUGUGGCAUGUGUCAUGUACUCUGG